UAUAAAUAUAGUCCAUGGGACAUGUGUACAAUAUGAACAGCACUUUGACUAUUUAUUAUCUACUCUCAAUAAUUUAACAAAACCUUUUUUUGUUCAGUUAGACUUCUCUAUUAAACUAUAUGAUAUCAUAAGUUUCUUUAUUCGUUUCAAUGUUUGUGUAAUAUGUUUUGAUUCAAAAAACAGAAGCACAUGUCUGUCAUUAGGUAGAAUAAAAUCAGCCACUGAUUUGGACUCCUCCACUAAAAAAAAGUAGGCUUACACGUACGUGUCAAUGGUCAAUGCCAAUGCCAAUCCCAAAUUAAUUCGCUAUAAAUACAUACAAAAACUCUAUUUUCAUCACCACCUCUUCAAUCAAAGCCAUAGAACAUAUUACUACUUUGGUUCAUUCGAUACACAUAUAAUUGAAACUCCAGAGAUAUUUAUAUAUUAGUUAAAUAUCGAAUGAAGAUGAAGUUCAUAAUUACAAAAUUAUUCUUCAUUCUCAUAAUGGGCUUGUCCAAUAUGGCAAUGUCCCCUAAUAUUGCUAGUGCAGCAUCAAUACAUCAACAAGACCACGAUGAUGAUCAUCAUCAUAAAAACAACGGAGAAAUAGUUUAUAAUAAAGAAUUGUCCUCUUCUUCUUUUUGGAAUCAAAAACAUGAAGAGGAGCGAUUCUUCUGGCCGAUAAGGAAGAGGGCGAAUAGGCGGCCAACAUGCAAGAACAUCCCAAGGAUUUGUCUGGCCAAGGGCAGCCCAGGGCCGAGUUGUUGCAAGAAGAAGUGCGUUGAUUUUGUGAGAGACCGCCAUAACUGCGGCAAAUGUGGGAAGAAAUGCAAAUACAAUCAGAUAUGUUGCAAUGGCAAAUGUGUCAACCACUCUUUUAAUAAAAGGCAUUGCGGUGGCUGCAACAACAAGUGUAGCAAUGGAGGCUUUUGUGCUUUUGGUCUUUGCAGCUAUGCAUAAAGAGAUAAUGAAACAUCACUAAAUAUAUGUUGUGUAAUAAGUUACUAUUCCAAUUCUUUCAUUGUUAUACACACGAAAAAAAAAACCCUACCAUAGUUAGUCAUAUAUAUGUGUGUUUCGUUAUUAAAUAUCUACAUUUAGUUUCAUUAAUUUUUAAUGUUGUGAGAGUAUCAACAUACUAGGGGACGAUAUUAUAACAAUUGAAAAUUAUAUAUAUUCAAAAAAUUUAUAUUUUUAUAG